UGCCCAUGUCAGAGUUUCAUGUGAGUCACAAACAAUGCUAUGGCUACCACCAAACUGCUUCUGAGCCGCAAGAUAUGUUAAGAAGAGCUUUCCUUCACUUUCAGCUGUAGCUUAGUGUUCAUCCCCAACACUUGGUUUUCGCUGAGGAGCCUACACGACAGGCUUGAGGGCACCGCAUCGCGUGUGUUAUUUCCUCACCAACUAUUGACAAGUCUUCAGUGCGUUGUGAUUCCCAUCCCUGCUCUAGAGAUAUGGGCGGCUCCGUUUUCAAACCCGAUGGCCUGUCCACUCCACGCAUGCCCCCCAAAGUCUACGACUCGGUUCUCUCUCACGCCGAGGAACUUCUCAGGGCACACUUUAAGCUCGUAGGCCACGCAAUCGAAGCACCCGCCAAGGCCUCGCACGGAGAUAUCGAUAUCCUUGUGGCAGACCCUUUCGAUCGAAAUGUGACUGCUGGGCGUGAAGUUGGGCGUUUUCUGGCCGAUCUGCUGGGCGCCGAAAAGUGGAAGAAAAUGAGCGGCACUUCGACAUAUCAUCUAGCCUUGAGGUGGCCAAAGGGCUUCGAAGACCUGUUGAUAGCAGACGGAGACACGAGUCAAAUGGCCAGCGACGAUGAGCCGAGUCCAAGAGCUGCCGAUGCAGUUGGUACCUCCUCCGCUACAACUGAUAGCUCCACGUCCUCAUCUUUGCCCAUUCCUCUUGGCUCGACCCAGAAAUACAUCCAAGCCGAUAUCAACGUCAUGCCUACCUCGGACUACUUUCGUUGGCACACCUUCAUCCAAGCGCACGGCGAUCUCUGGCAAAUGCUUGGAGGGAUCGUCCGCCGCUUCGGCAUUACCCCCACCUCCAGAGGAUUGUUUUUGCGGAUAGCAGAAGUGGAAAUGCAUAACAAGGAUCAAGCAAGAGUUCUGAUGAGCAGCGAUCCGGAUACAGUCUUGGACUAUAUGGGGCUGGAUAGAGAAAGGUACUGGAGGAUGUUUGGGAAUUGGGAGGAGAUGAUGGACUACGUGGCGACUUGCAGGUUUCAUGACCCGGCUCGCUGGAAAGAUCGGGCCAAACAUGACGAAAGGGGUGAAGAGGAGGAAAUCAAGGAAGAAAAUGACACGGGAGCGAAUCUUUUGAAAGCAAAUGACCGCCAGCGCGCCGCCAAGCGACCCGUUUUCGCGUACUGGAUCGAAAAAUACCUUCCCGCUCACGUUGAUGAACCACCAGGCAACUCUGCACUCCUGACAAGGCAAGACGUCAUCGAAGACGCCAAGAAGUACUUUGGUAUCGAAUUUGCGAACAAGUUUGAAGAGAGGAAGAACAAGAUGGUCCGCCAGAUCAAGGUGGACAAAUUGUGGGCUGAUAUCAGGAGGAGCCUGCCAAUAGAAGGCAUGGAAAUAGGAUACGUCAUGAAAGGCAUGAAGAGAGAGAUUGUGGGACAUCGCGAAGGACAAUCGGUGGAGCCGGAGAAGCUUGAAGGAUUAGACGAAGCCAGAGCGGCAUUCGAAGCAGGGAAAUUUGACGAGGUGCUGCAGUGGGCAACACUCAACUGGAAUGAGAUUGGACAAAGACAGAGGAGGCUGGAUCAAGAAAAGAGUCAGGUCCAUCUCUUGGAGAAGGCCAAUGGCGACGGGCGGCGAGGGAAGGGGAGGAAACCAAGCCCUCGAAGAUGACUCUACACCGAGACCUCAAUAUCCUUUCGUCGAUCCUAUCAUCCGGUCUCUUCCGAAACCCAGCAGUAGCACGACUUCCAGUCGAAGUCGCAGCCCUAUGAAACGGAAAAUAGACUUCGAUAUAACGUACCCCCGAAUCACGUUCAAUGAGGACAAAAGGAUGUUUAUAGACGAGGAUUGGGC